AUGAGUUUACCACGAAAUAAAAUAAUUAUAACAUUUGGGAAGAAUUCCAAACUUCACUCAUCAAAAAGUCAAUUAAUCUCUGAAAUAUUUGGUUCAAGCAACUUAAUGUUAAAUAAAUAUCAUGAAGAUACGAUAGAUAAUAUUAUUAAAAAUGUUAAAUGGAAAACUAAAUACUAUGAAGUAACAAUAGAUUUAUUCAUUGAUCAGUAUGAUGAUCUAUUGGAAUGGAUAGAUGAAUAUACAAGUGAUAGUAUGAUUGAUUUACGGAAUGUCGUAGCAGGAAUCAUUGUCAUUGAUGAUCGACCAAUGCCUCAACAAGACCUAAUGAUAUAUAAACGAUUAAAUGAUUGUGUCUCGACAACAAAUAGUUUUCUCAUAUUUGCCAAUACAAGUGACUAUGUUGUUAAUGACAGCAUUGAUGAACUCUACCAAACGCUUAUGGAGUAUGAAUUAACAAGUGUUGAAGUGGUGAGUUUAAACUCAUGUUUAGUAUUGAGUGACCAGAGAGGAGAAGAGACUAAUGAAUUUGGAGAAACUGUUGGAAUAAAGAGAAUACGAGAACUUAUUGAUGUGCACAAUUGGGAUUCCAGCUGUAACAUUCAGCGUCCAGAAACUGGAACGUCAUUCGAUGGUUUGUUGGCUGCUCCACUACCAGAAGACCCUGGAAAAGAUGUUGAUUUGGAAAAUAUCAUCCAAAAGCUAAAACAAGCAAAACUUCAUUACCAAACAAUAAGUGAUAAAUCGGAUGCUGAUGCAUAUGCAGAAGAGCUUUCACAAGAGUUGGCUCGAUAUCUAUAA